AUGUCGGAGAGACAAAAAAAAAACAAAGCUUCCAAAUCGGAAAGAGCAUCCUUUUUCUUGGCUAAGACCUCUGCAUUGAAAGCGCGGGAAAGCCGAAGCGCCUCAAAAGAUGGCGGCGAGCUAUGUUCCAGAGAAGGAUCCUAUUCGCCCCCAGCCUCCCCAGGCUCAUUGCCGGACGAGAGACCACUAACUACAGCGAUGAUG